UAUAUAUUGUACUACUAGAUAAAAGUACUUCACUAGUUCCUUCACAGUUUAUCAUGAUUCAUUAAUUCUUUAUUAAAGUCGUUUUAAUUUGAGAUGAUCUUAAUUGAAUCAGUUUAAACUCUUUAAAAAUUUAUUUUCAGUAUAAGUGUAAAUUUAAAUUUUACUGUAUUUUUUAUUUUUGCUAAUGGCCAAGUCAUACAUUUUGUGCGACUAGGACCAGUUUCCAAUUCUUUUUUAAAACAAUUAACAAAAAUUCAGUUUGAAUUUACCUCAAAUUGUUGUUUGCAUUGUGAAUUCCUUGUUUCUAAGCUUUAAAUUGAAAAAUUGUUGAAAAUAAGUUUUAAUAAUGAUUUUUAGAGAGAAUAUAAUAUUGUAGAGUGAUAUGAGUGUAUUAUAAUUUUAUUAAACAAAAAUUGACAACACAAUAAAAAAGACGACAAUAAAAAAAUAAAAAAAUUAAGUCUAACGACUUUUGAUAACAUCUCAAUUCUCUCAUAUUACACCUGUCCCAUUGUACUUGCUAUUAAUAUUGACAUUUUUCACACAAUAUCUUAUAAUUGGAUACGAACAUUUUAAAGCGAGAGAAAUAUAAAAAUAAUUAUGUAUUCAGUCUUCACAUUAAGUCUUGAACUCACAAAUAAAUCCAAUAAAACGUUAUUAUUUAUUUUUUUCAUUUUCAAAGUAAAAAUCCAAUAAAGUUUUCUCUUUUUUAAUCUCUCUAUUUACUAUCUCUCUCAUCUUCUCUAACAAAAAAGCAGAAGAGAGAGAAAGAAAUAGAAAUACAAGAGUUGACAACGAGUAGUAUCCGUUUUUUUCAGUUAGACACAAAAAAAUUUAAAAAUUUUAAACAAAUCUCUUUCUUUGUCUGUCUUUCUCUUUCUCAAACCCCCAAUUUAAAAAUGGUGUCUGACCAACAAAUAGCUGAAGCUUUACAAUUCUUUAUUUUGUCAAAUAAACCCUAAUUCUUUCACUUCACUCAACCAAGUUAUUCUUCAAUUGCAAUCCAAUUUAGGGUUUGAUCUUUCUAACAAAAUUGAUUUCAUUCGUGCUCAUAUUAGUCUUUUGUUCAAUUCUCAGCCUCCUCCUCCUCCUCCUGUUCCUGUUCCGCCGCCGUCGAUUGUAUCUACUGUCACUUUAGUUCACGAUGAAUGUUAUCAAUUGGGGUUUUUCCUGUACCCAAAGUCGGCCCAAAAGAAGAGGAGGUCCGGGAGGGCUGAACAAACUUUGUGGUGUUACACCCCAACUUCAGACAAUUGUGGGCCAACCAGCCUUGCCAAGAACAGAGAUUGUCAGGCAACUUUGGGCAUAUAUAAGAAAGAACAAUCUCCAAGAUCCGAGUAACAAAAGAAAGAUAAUAUGCAAUGAUGAGUUGCGAUUGGUAUUUGAAGUUUACUGUACGGAUAUGUUUCAGAUGAACAAGCUGCUGGCAAAACAUAUUAUUCCUCUUGAUCCCACAAAGGUUCCAGAACCACCAUCCAAGAAAGCUAAGGUUGAGGAAUCUGAAGUUCCAAGCACCGAACCUGCUAGCUCUCCUUCUAUUGUGAUAUCUGAAGCACUGGCCAAAUUCUUUGGAACAAGCGAGAAGGAAAUGCUUCAAUCUGAGGUUUAUAAGCGUAUUGAAGAAUACAUUAAGACAGAAGGCUUGGAGGUUUCAGUCAGAGAAGUCUAUCGGCUUCAAACACCAAGUUAUAUAUCCUACACAAUUCAAUAUGGGGUUAGAAACAAAAUUUCUACUAAUACCGGGUGCAAAAUACACAUAUUUUAGGAUUAAAUGAUUUCUCGAUGUAAACAAAAGUUUUACUUGUCCUUUGCCAUAGAUUUUAAUUGAAGAAUUAUAUCCAAUGUAAAGAUUUUCUCCAUCCACAACUUUAUGUAAAGAUGUGAACGUUUGUUUAUUGUUACAAACAUAUUUUGAAACUUCAAAACCAAUCCACCAAAACAUGUGAUCAUGUCGCACAACAUUCAUAUUAGAAUAUAUGGAAGAAAAUAUCAAACCAAAAUCAAUUCUGCAAGAUUACUUAUUUGAUGAUACUUAUUUGAUGAAGCAUGCCUUGCCUUCAAGUUCUUUUGUCUGUUCUUGAACACAAAGUAACUCAUUUAGCGAUGUCGGGGUUUUUCACAUUUUUAACAAGUAUUUUGCUAGUGGAAAAAGUCUUAUUUGUAUCUAUGGUUUAAGGCUAUUUGUAUUUUAUAUUGUGGGUUAUUAAUAAGAGGUUACAAAUAACACAUUAUUUGUACCUUUUGAAAACCAAAGAUUAUUUGUAUCAUUUGUUUCAAACAAAUGAUACAAAUAAUAUUUUUUAAUAAUAGUAAUUAUACAAAUAAUUUGUUUGUUAUUUUAUUUUUUAAUGCUAUAGAUCAAAUAAAAUAAUAAAGGAAAUCCAAAAUGAAAGAACUUUUUAGAAUAAACAAGAGAUUAUAUUAAAUAUAGCAGAUAUAAUUCUAAUUUUAGUUCAACUAAUAACAAAUUAUGUGAUCAAAGGAAAGCUAAUACAAUUCUUAUAAGUUAUACUAACAAUAAAGCUAAUACAAUUCUAACUGUAAUUCAACAUUGUCUUGCUCAAAAUUUGCUCAAAAUUUUUAUUUGUGAACUUUAUGUUCCAAAUAAAUCGUACGUAAAUGUUUGAUUGGAAUACGUCUCUCGGAGAGACCGUCUCUCACAACAAUUUGUGUAAACUUUAUGUAAUUGUUAUAGUAGUUCAAGGUGGAUACACUACAAUAAAACUAACUUUUCGCGUCAUAAGAUUUAGUGAUUUAAAAAAAAUUUCAUUGAUUUAUAUUUUUAGUGUAUUAAGUUUCACUAUAAAGUGAUUUAAUGACACUUUAUUUGGCCUUUAGUGACAUAUGUAAUUUUUGCUAUAGCCUAUAUAGCGACAUUUAUGAGAAAUAUCACUAGAUCCUAUAUCGCGUAAUGCUUUAGUAUGAUUUUUUAUUAUGCUGCUAAAGAGGCUAAUAAAUAUCCCUAAAUCUACUAUACAUACCAUUAAAGAAGGAGUAUAUAAUGUUGUAGUGAUAACUCAUUAAAAGAGGAGUGUGAGUCAUUACUAAAACUAAAAAUUGAGUUCAUUUGAUAGGAUAAACUAAAAAGAAAAAAUAGGUAAAUUUCAUGAGACAAAAAAAAUAUUGGUCAAAUUCAUUGAGAUGAACUGAAAUAGCAGACAGGGCAAAUUAAGAGUGAUUGACGGAUUAUAUAAUUGGUAUAAAGUAUAACGUGUUGAAUGCUUGUGGCCGGAACCAAUGUAUGUCGCUAAAGUCUUCUAACGUGGAUGAUGCUCCAUUCGACUUCUACAAGUUAAGCUUUCUAAUUAAGUGGAUGAUGAUCCAUUAAAGUUGUGUAAAAUUUUAGUCAUAUGGUUGACUUAGGUUUUAGUAGACUUGUAAAUUAAAGCUUUAAAUAUUUUGGAUAAGUGUACUUAUUUUGAUAAUUUUUAUGGAGUAAAUAAAUAUUUCUAAUAUUAAAAAAUAAAUUGAGGACUAGCUGGUUAAUGAAUUAUGUUUAACUGAAAAAACUUGCCAGUAAGUCUAAAAUUGCAAAGUCGACAUAUUUUAAUAGGUUUAGUUUUUUUUUCUGGGCAUUAUUAAAAGUCGCCAUCUUUUUCAUUGUGUCGCCACCCUUUAUAUAUUGAAAUUUCAAUAUUACCCUUAAUGAAAUUUCAUAACUUUAUCUCUCUAACUUCUCUCUAAAAAAACUCUUUGAACUAAAAUUCAAUAUCGAGCAAGAAAUGACAUUCGUUUAAACUUUGCAGUGAUUUUUAGUAUAUCUAGUCGCGUAAAACACGCGACUGGACCGCGAUAUAGUCGCGUAAAACACACGAACGGAUUGUGUCAAAGGGUGGCGAUUUUUUUGAGUUUUUUUUGUCACCACACGCCUUUUUUUAGUGGUGGGACCUAUGGGUAAGCGGUAUAUACAAGUUUAGAUGAAAACAAAAUACAUAACGGAAAAUGAAGUAGUACAUGAUAUAAUUUGUUUUUAUAGAAGUCUCAAAUUCUCUAUGUAAACAACUAUAUAGUUGUAGUUUUACAAUUUACAUGAAAAAUAUAACAAAUAAUACAUGUUAUAUUAUUAGUUUAGCGUGCUAUGAAUUAUAUGACAACUAAUUUAUAUAGAGUUGCAUAUAGGACAAAAGAAGAUCAGAUGAUUUGAACUGUGCUCAAAAUAUUAUUAAAGAUCAGAUAAUUUUUUUUCUUUGCAAAUUGUAUAAAUUUCUCAACCCCUUCAAAAUAUCUAAUAUUAUAAACUCCUUUACAACUUCGCUUAUACAUCCAACUUCUUUCACUACGUAAGUCUAUUAUUCAGCGAAAUAACAAUUUAUGAAAUCCGUAAAAUAAUUUAACAAAACCUGCUGAAAAGGGAAUCGGCUUUUCAAUUUACCGACUGUUCACCGAAUUUUGAAAUUUCCGACUGAAUUCCGACUGAAUUUCAGUGGGAAAAUAGUCGGUAAUUCUUUAAAAAAAAUUUAAUACGCUUUUCGGUGCAACCAAUUUUUGCAUGAUAAUUAUAAGUACUUACUAGUAGAAAUAGUAGUUUUUCUCUUAUUAAUACUUUCCUAUGCACUAUAAAAAAGUGGAAAUGUUGAAUAUAUGUUCCUCAAAUCUAGUGAAAUCCAGUAUUGUAAACUUUACUUAUGCUAAUAAAUUGCAACAAUAAAAUUUUAGUUAUUUUAGUAGUUAAAUUUUUAUUUUUUUUUUCUUUAUGCAAAAUUUGAUUGUUGCAACUAGCGGGGAGGUAUUACUAUAAUUAAAGAAUACGAUGUUGAAUUUCAUUAGCUUUGAGCAACAUAUUUUCAUCAUUUCUAACACAUUUUUAUAGUACAUAGGAGAAUAUAAUUAAGAGAAAAACUACUUCUUCUAGUAAGUACUUAUAAUCAUUACGAAUAAAUGUCUGCACCAAAAAGCUUAUUAAAUUUUUUUUCAUUACAUAAUAAAUAUAACAUAAAGCAUAUUUAAAAUAAUAAAUAAUGUAAAUAUGACUUUUAUAGAAAUAACAUACUUUGAUAUUUUGUUGAAUACUUAUAUGAUAUUUUUGUUAGAAGAAAUUAAAUUGUUUAGGUUAGGGAGAAGAAAUUUUUGAGAGAGUGAGGUAUGUUUGGUUGUAGAAUUUGAGGGUAAUAGAGGGAAAACGGUGGAAAAGGACGGCGAUUGAGAAAUUGUAAAUAUAAAAUUCCGACUACCCACCGACUGAAUACCGACCAACCCUCCUCCUCUAAAUAUUACGACUAAAUACCGACUAUAUUGGGCAGUCGAAAAUUUCCGAUUAUCUUUUUAGUCGGUGAUUAGUCGGAUUUUCCUACAAUUUUGGGCUAGUAGGAAUUUUGUCGGAAUGUCCGACUGGCUACAGUUAGUCGGUAAUUUAGACGGAAAUUUUCGACAGUUUCCGAUUAGUCGGUGAUUUAGUCGGAAUUUCACCGUUUUUUUGUAGUGGUUCAAAUCUCAUCUAUCAUUCCUUUCUAAUGGAAUAUUUAGCAUUUGUUUUGAAGAAGGUAUGUGUUGUAACUACAUCUACUCUUGUAAUUGAAACAACUCUCGUGUGAAAAGAUAUAAUAAAGUAUAUAACAUAUCCUAAAUAUACAAUCUAAAGCUUAUUUUUUAGACUGUUUCCUUCCCAAAUGAAGGAAAUUGAUAAUGUCAAAAUUUUCUUCGUUCUCCAACCAGCUUAGUUCAUACCCACACAAUUAAUUUCCUUAAAUAAUUAUAUAUUUCCGUUGUCUCUCUGAAUUAAUAACAUAUGACUUAAAAAACACUCAAAUCUUUAAAUUAUACUCCCUUCUAUUCAGCUUAUGUGUCCCAUUUUCUUUUAUGUGUCCCAUUUCCUUUUAUGGUCAAGUCACCUUAAUUGUCCCAUUUCUAUUUUUGGUAUGGGUUUUUGACUUUUAUGCCCUUAGUAGCUUUAUCCUAUUUUCAAUUAUACCCUCCAUUACCCAUACUAAUUUUCCUCCCUUACAUUAAAAACCCAUAAUACCACUCUCUUUCCUACCCUUAGGGUCCCACUUUUGACUCUCCUUAAAAUCCGUGAAAAGUCAAAUGGGACUCUUAAGGUGAAUAGGAGGGAGUAUAAUGCUUUCUCAUAAGAUGGAGAGAGUAUCUCUCCAUAAAUGCAGGCGUAACGAAGGUUUCAGAGGGGCAUGGGUCCAUUUGACUGAUACAGGUCAAAGUCUUGUCUAUAAAGACAAAGUUGUACCUUGAGGCCUUAAUAGCUUGUGCUCCAUUAAUUAAAGUCAUGGUUGACUUAGGCUUUUUAGUAGACUUGUACUACUAAAUAUCUACUUCCUCGGUUCUGAAAUACUUGAUACAUUACGGUUUUUGAUACUAUUAAUCGUUCAAGCUUAUUUUAUCUAUUGUAAUUAAUAUGUAAGAAGAAAUAUAGUCAAGUGAGAUCUUGUUUGAAUCAUUUAAUCGCAUACUUUCAUAAUAUUAACUUUUUAUAAUUUUUAGAUUUGCAUAUUUCAAUAUAUAAAUGAUCGAAAUAACACACAGAAUCGCGUAAAAUUUAUACAUGUAAUAUGUUAUAAGAAAAAUUAUUACUUUUAGAAAUAAAAUGAAAGGGACGGAGAAAGUAUGUAGCUUCAAUUGUUUUGAGUAAGUGUACUAUAUUAUCUAGCUUACUAGUAAUGUGAUUAAUUAUUGUAUUAAUUGAUGAGAAUAAAAAUAAAACUUUAAUAUAUUUGAAUAUAUUAAAUUAUUUAACAGACUUUAUGAUUAUGAUUGUUUUAUUCUAAUAAAAAUAAAUUUUCUUCUACAAAAUUAUUUUCAUUCAUUAUCACUUGAGGGAUUCGAAUUAUAUGUUAGUGCAAAAUAACAAUUAUGUAUCUUGCCAAAAAAAUCUUUGGGGAGGAUUCUUAGAGUAUAAAUAUACUCUUUUAUCCAUUUAAUUUUGCUACAAUACGAAAAUAAAAAUGGAAGGUUUUUAUGUAUUGCCUAGCAAAAUAAAAGAGGCGGAAGGAGCAUUUUUAUUAUAUGAUCAAAAUCUAUUUUUCAUUAAUUUUCAUUACCACUGAAUAAAACAUGAAAAUAGAUUUAUCAAACGUCUUCCAAUUAUGACUUCGUUCUUUGAUCAUCAUUCUCAGUUUUUUUUUUUUGAAGAGAUCAUCA